AGGGGGGUUUUGCACUCCCAGCGACGUAGGUCCAGCUGUAGGGUCAGAGAGGCACUGUGGGAUCUGUAAACCUGUGAUCGAAAUCACCAACAUUGAGCCCUGGGUCUCCUCUUCUCCCGUUGGUAUUUAUAGGCCUGUCUAUCACUCUGGUAUUACAACAAUAACCCGCCAUGCCUCACGGAACACCUGCCCCACCAAACAAGCGGAAAAAGCCCUCCAAGAUCAUUACCGACUUGUCACAUGUCGCUCAGGAUGAGUAUGAGUCAGAGCCAGAGGCGUCCGAGUUUGACCUGGGGACGAAGAUAAGGACUCCCAAAGACAUCAUGCUGGAGGAGCUGUCUCUGCUGAAGAAUCGAGGCUCUAAGAUGUUCAGAAUGAGGCAGCAGAGAGUGGAGAAGUUCAUCUAUGAGAACAACCCCGAUCUCUUCAGCAGCGAAUCUAUGGAGAACUUCCAGAAGCUGGUGCCAAGUCUAGGGGGACAAAUGGUGGAUGCCGGGGGACACCUAAUUGGAUGGCAUGCUGGUGGGAAGGCCCCCAUACCCCCACCAAAGCCUGGAAGCAAAGGUGCAGGUGUGGGAAGUGCUGGAGGUGCUGGAAGUGCAGGAGGACAUGGUGUUGGUAGCCACGGGCAUGGUGGGACAGGAGAAAGAGGUCUAGAGUGGUCUCCACUGAAAGGUGGUGGAACAGAUGAUCCUACCAAGAAGCACAUUCAUGUGAGGACUUACGUAUCGCCAUGGGAGAAAGCUAUGAAAGGCGACGAGAACCUUUUAGCCACCAUGAGAUCUAAAAUGCCUGGUCCUCAUGUUCACGAGGACUCACCAGGGUACAAAACUUUUAACAGGACUGCCAUGCCCUACGGAGGAUACGAGAAGGCCAGCCAGUUGCUUAAAUUCCAACUGCCCGACCCCGAGAAGACCAAAGAGGAGCCUGAGCUGGCGAUCGUGUACGAGCACGACGUUGGCUGUCGACCCUGCUUCAACCGCACUCCUAUUGGCUGGGUGGGCAACAGUGAGCCAUGCAGCAUUCACAUGGAGACAGACGCUGUGCCCUUUGAUGGAGAAACUGACGAUCUGUGAAAAGACCCAUAAGCCUACUGUGAAAAUAAAGGAUGAUUUGAAGACAGAUAUAUGAUGACACACAUAUUCACAAACACAUACUGUACACAGACACGCGCAUGCAUGCAUGCACACAGAAACACUUGCACAUGCACGGCCUGCGAGCUUACUGUUCAGCUGGAAAACUGUACUGCUGAAUGAAAUGAUUCUAUCAAAGUGUAACGUUUUUUGAAAUGGUAAAUGAAACAAUCGUGUGACUGGCAGCCACAAAAAAAUACAGUUGAUGAGAAAUGUUUCCUUGUUAAGUAUUAUUGUAACAAUUAUUAAUCUCAGCUGCAUUGAAAAUUCAAUCUGAGCAAGUCCAUUCGUGCAGGUAGCCUAGAGGUUGUAUGUUUGGAAGAAUGUAAAUGUAUGGGAGGCAUAUUUAAAUUAUCGCUUCUGUGUGUGCGUGCUGUCUUUAUGUCGAUUUAUUCUGUGAUCUUUUUUUGUUUGUUGUUCCUUUUGUUUGUUUUGCAAUCUUGCGAUGGAAUUCUCAUCAGUCUAUAUGUCUCAGUCUCAAUGGCCUAUAUGUGCCCAAUGCUCCGUUAAAUGUUAAAUGAAUGAUAAACAGUUUCUUAUUCAGUUGCUACCCCACUGGCUAAUCCAUAAGCUUUUUGCCCCCUACUAUUUCUCUACAAUAAACUAUCAAUCUGUAAUCUUC